GGUCGUACUCUUUAUUUCGUAGCAGUCUACGUGCAUCGGAAGAAGAGUCCCAGUAACGCAUCGCUCGUCUCUCUUUUCACACGCGAUCUCGAUUCGAAAAGAGUAGUCACUUUCGAGAGUGAACAAAUAAUAACAACGCGACUUUUCUUCAUUUGACAAUUGCAAUUUGUUUUCCACGAAAAGCAAAUCCAUUAUCGUCUAAGUCUCUUGAGGGUGACCAAUUUACGUGACGAUAAUUUAAAAAUUUUUAUUUUCUCGAAGAACAACAUAUAGGAAGACGAUAUGGGUAUGAUAACGCGGGUGAGGGGUCGUGUGAGAGCGAACUCGCUGACAGUGGACAAAGAAAAAACAGCACAAAGCGUUUGUCUCUUGAGUGCUGUUCUUUUGCUACCCUAUUGUCCUCGUGGUCCACUACCACUUUUACCCUCACCGGCACCAGCCUUGUACUCGGCUUUGGUUUUACCUGUGGUAUUAAGUGCCAAUUACAGAUACCCUGUUUACACGUUGAAAGCUCUCGUAGGGGCAACAGCAGGUGGACUCUCGAAAGCUUGGAAACCACUUUAUCGUUUCUUGAAACGUCUUUAUGGGCCCGUCGAUCGUGCGGAAAAUCUUUUUCUAAGGAUGAAAAACAUUUCCGUGAUGGCAAAUCAAAUAGUUUUCUUGAUGCUCGCGGAUAAAGUUUUGGUACCGAAGGAAAGAAUGACCUGUCUUUAUACUCUUAUGUUUUAUAACGUUAUCGCUUAUUGCGUGAGCUAUAUAAAGGAACUGAUCGAAAAGGAAGACUGGACACCCUAUGUUACUUUAACAGAGAGAUCGCAAAUCAAACAUCUCGCUAUGUCGGCCACGAAGAUUGUCUUAGAGUGGACCAAGGCCGUUACAUUCGUUGUUACUCUGACCUUCAUGCUCCUCGUAUUCGGUUUGGAACAAGGACUCGAACAUUACAAGCCCUCGACGAUGUAUACCGUAUUAACUUGGAUCUAUUAUUCGGCAACAGAGAAAGUCUUCGUCGAUAUGUUCCCAACGAUUCUAGGAUAUCUACAACUCGAAGCAUUGGAGAACAUCGAGAAUCUCUAUGCUCCUGUGAUAUUAAGAUACUUUACUAUUGGUAUAUCAGCUUUCUUCAGUCUUAUACUCUUACCAACGGCACCCUGGAGAUUUCUCUUUGUUGCAACUUAUUUAAACAUUUAUCUGAGAUGGAAGGAACUUAUGCAAAAUUCUGGGGCAGCAUUAAAACGUGAACGGGAAAUAUUAAACCGAUAUAGAAAGGCCACUGCGGAGGAAAUCGAUAGGUUCGACGAUGUCUGCUCCGUUUGCCUUUGUACCAUGACAAAAGCCAGGGUGACACCCUGCCAUCAUCUCUUCCAUGCGGAUUGCCUCAGGCAAUGUUUAAAGACUAGCGACAGCUGUCCCAUGUGCAAGCGAGAACUUAAGUUCGACUGAAAUACUACGUACCACAAGCGUUAAUGGAAAAGAAAUGUGUGUGUGUAUAUGUAUAUAUAUAUAUAUAUAUAUAUAUAUACACGUUCGUUCCUUUUUAUUUUUAUUACUUUUUACUAUUCUAUCGUAUUAGGUUCCAUUCAGAGAAUAAUCCUUCUGUCCAAUCAACAUUUACAAUCAGAAAUAGAAUCACCGUUUUGGAUAGUACGCGAUAUAUUUUUAAUAGAAAUUAAAAAGGAACUUUUUUUCGAAUAUCCACAUCAGAUGUAUCUUUAUACAUCUCAUUCCACUACUUAUUCCAUUUUAUUUGUACAAGCAAAAUUUACUAAAUCUUUUUAUUUAUUCAGAUUAGGAUUUCAGUUCGAAACUUGAGUAUAUAUAAUUUAAAACGGAAGGUAAUAAUACAUUUUAUACUGAUAUACGUCGAAGCAUUCUAGACAACGACCGUUAUGUAAGAACGAAUGUUCUUUUAAGCUUACACUGUUCUGUGAUAUAUAAAAAAGGAUAUAAAAAACAUCUUUUCUCUGAAUAAAUGUUAAUAAAGAAA